AUGUGCUUCAUUGCCAUUGGUCCAACCGCUCGUUUUCAGCGGGUGAUUGGUUGCUUUGAGUGCCGCGCUAGCUUAGCCUGGUUUCGGCUUACUUUGCAAAAGUGGUCUGCAUCUAGCAACGUGGUUUUCGUGUCCUGCAAGAUGGAAGAUCAUGCCUACAUGGAGUUUCUUCGCCUUCACCGCGCUGCUCUUACUACCAUGAAGGUUCCUGAAAUCUACUGGCCUACAAUUCAUUCUAAGCUUCGGGGAAAGGUUUUUGAUGCCUCUGAAGAAUUUGAGUUGGGAAUGCUUAAUUAUCUAAAUGAUGAAAAUGAGACUGUGGAUAGUAAACUAUUCGUUUCCGUUAAAGUCGAUGAAAUCAAAGCGUCUGAUCCCAACAGCAUCUUCCUCUCUGAUCACGCAUGGACUUUUCAAUUGGAAGGCGUACGAAGAACUCUUGAGACAAACCCCAUUCUCCUGCCUCGAAUGAAAACUUUGAUGUGCAUUAAUGAGGAUAAUGAACAGGAGGCUAUUGAGGCGGUUAUGCGAAAAAUGUGGAAGUUCUGUCGCCUCUAUCAGAUUUCUGAACCCACCAAAAGUGAAGAGGGAGAAAUUGUGCUAAAGAUGGAUGUCUGGUACAUUCUUGACGAAUUUGGUUCUAGUCUCCAACAGUCCUCUACUCCAAAUGUUAAUGUGGCUUCUCUUGUGUACGUUCCCGAACAGCUCUGCUAUUCUCUCUUCUGGCCCACUGAAGACUUGCACAAAGGAGAUACUCUGACAGUUGACUGGGUGUCUGCUAUUAAGAAUGAGGAGAAGAAGGCCCUUCUGUUGAUUCCGUGGGAAGGAGGGGACUUUUCGGAUAGAUCAUCAGCUCAUUCCUUUGUGCUCACUGAUGAAUUCUUCUCGAGUCACAAAAUGCAGGAGACUCUACCCGACCCAAGUGUCAAAUUGGCAGAUAACAAGAAAACACCUCUACUCGUUUACACCGACAUGGACUUGGUGGCUGGAACACUCACCAGCCCCAAUUACAAACUCACGGAUAAUCGUGAUGAGGCCGAUAUUAUUUGGACAAGAAAACACAUUCGGGAUUAUGAGAAUCUGUCUCGAACUCGGGCCAAUGUCUACGUGAACCAAUUCCCCUAUGAAUCCGUGGUCACUGUUAAGGACAUGUUAGCUGCUGUAGCUGCAUCUGAGGCCGCUAUUGAAAUCAGCGGUCCUGGUGACGCCUAUGACAUUCAAUCUGAGGAUGAGGGCGAAGAAGAGGAGGAGAAGGGAAGGAGUUCUCCAAAACGAGCUCUAAUCGCCUCCUGGUACCCCGUUACGUUUAAUCUCUACUAUGAGUUGGCUCAAUUCGUAGCAUUCUUCCAACGCAGAGCGGAAGAAAUUGAUGAAGUUGUGGAGGAAGUGCUGGAAAAUGGGAAGGAUAACGGUCAUCUAGCCGAAUGUUCUCAUGCUGGGAGCUGUCUGCGAUGCGGCAAAGAUGGGCGUCAUGUUUCCUAUACGCCGACCGCUGCAAAGCAGCACAAUAUCUGGAUUGUGAAACCUUGGAACCUUGGCCGUGGUUUAGGUAUAUGCAUUUCCGACAAUCUGGAUCAAAUUAUUCGAUUGAAUGAGACAAACCCGAUGAUUGCAAGCCGAUACAUUACUGAUCCGGUGCUGUUCUAUCGUGAAGAUAUAUCCAGUUGGGUGAAAUUUGAUGUUCGAUACGUCGUCUACCUCAAAUCUGUCAAACCACUCCAGCUCUAUUCGCAUAAAGUAUUUUGGUUGCGAUUCGCUAACACGCAAUUCUCGCUGGAUCACUUUGACGACUACAGCAAACACUUCACAGUGAUGAACUAUCGAGAAGAUGACGAAUUGUUCCAGGUCCAUCACAAUGACUUUAUUCAAAGAUUUGAAAGCCAGUACCCCAAUGCUGCGUGGAAAGAUAUUGAAGCAAAGAUUCACAAAAUGUUGGUGAAUGUUUUCAAGUCCGCUAUUGCUUGUGAACCGCCUCGUGGUUUGGGCGCUUAUGGAAAGUCAAGAGCCCUCUAUGCUGUUGACUUGCUCCUUGAAUGGCGACGCUGCCCUAGUGAAAUGGGUGACUCCUGUGGAUUCACUGUGGAACCACAAAUCUGUGAAGUGAACUUCAUUCCUGACUGCACUAGAGCGUGCCAGUAUUAUCCUGACUUUCAUAACGAAGCAUUUGAUUUCCUGUUCUUGGACAAAGAAUCUCAAGAUAUUGUACAGCUUAGCUAA